AUGCCUGCCAAAUUUGACCUGGACUAUGAUCAAACGUUUAUGAGCAAAACUAACGUAGACAUAAAAAAACAAUUAAUACCAGAACUAAUGAAGAGCUUAAAGCCAAAUUUUAACUCCACCUACGAUAAGUUGACGAAAUGGCUAAUGUCAUUGCAUAAAUCUAGACGAGAUGAACGACAUAAGAAUUUUGCUGCCAAAGCUUUAUAUGAUAAAGACGACGUGAGAAUUGCUCACUAUGAAAAACAAGAGAUGAUCAAUAUCAUUCAAGAUAUCAGAUAUUAUUCACCGGAGUUGAGUGAAAUGGAUGAGGAAAAUGCGUCGGAAAAACGUCAAAUAGUUGUGUAUAAUCGAUCAUGGAAAUCAUCGGAGUUAAAAACUUUUUUUAGGGAAGUAUUGGAUCUUUAUUCAUUUACACAACAAAACGCACAACUAACCAGAUGUAGAAAUUAUGACGAUAUGUUGCAAAAUUUUGACGUCCAACCUCCAAACGAUGCACCACAAUGGACGUGUGUAGAACCAGAAAAUGGUAAUGUCGUAUAUGAUUCUGAUAUAGGAUACGAGAGUAUAUAUGAUGACUAUAUGUAUGAUGAUGCUGACACCAUUGUGAAUGAAGUUGAUGAUGAAAGUCGUCUUGAAGGUGUUAUAUUAUAUAAAUAG